AUGGCGUGCGGAUCGCUGCUGAGUGAAGAAGAUCUCUGCCGGUUCCGCACCAAGAAGUGCCGGAGGCUCGUUAGCGGCGCGUGCGAGUUUGGAAUAACGCGCUGCCAGUAUUCCCACAAUCAAUACUGGAGCCGUCGAUGCCCGAUCUACCUCUCCGACCGGUCUUUCAUUAGAUACAUCCACGUGCUCUGCCCGCACGUUACGACGAAGCAAGCCGAUGUGGGCGACCGCCCCUCUCAUGCUGGGCUCGGAUGCGGUAGACCCCGUUGCGUUAAACGCCAGGCAGGAGGUGGCCCACCAGGGCAGCAAAGUCAGCACUCGAAAGGCCACGGCAGAAGGCGGGGAGGAAGCGGCUCGGGCAAGGGCAGCGAAGCAUGCUGCUGCGUCGACGAGUGGAAGGAGGAAAUUAUCGUCAACACAUGCCCACGUGGAGGGGAAUGCCCUUUUGCUCACUCCACAGAGGAAAUUCUGUAUCAUCCCCUUUUCUAUAAGAUGAUCAUCUGCGAGAAGUACCGCGAAGAUGUGUGUGACACGUACUACUGCCCAUUUAUUCACGGUCUCGCAGAGGCGCGACAACCGAAGCACUACAAACUCCCCUUUACAACGGGCAUCGACAUUCCUCCUCUACCGUGUGUGACAAUAGUGGCCAAGAUUGAGAAGAAGAAGAAUCCUCUUUCUGGCGGGACCUUGGGAGAUACAACAGUCACAGCUGUGGGAAUCGACGAAGCCGCCUGCCCGGAGAACAACCCUGAAUCACUCCUGAGGCAAGCAGUUGCUGCAGCGCAGCGCCAGCAUCGCCAACUACAGCAGCGAAGCUUUCAGCUUUGCAGAUCCCUCAUGGAUUCCAGUGAAUCAGAGACACUUCGUACGUCACGGUCGGCAGAGCAGCUCGCUCACAGCCCCGCAACUCUUGGGCAGGGCUCCCAGCAGGGUCUCUUAACGCGUGCAAACCGCUGCGGCGAUUCCCGUUCAUCCGAAGACGAUGAUGCGUUCGCCUGCCAAGCGCUGUUUGACGCAUUGAAAAGUUUGGAGGGGGGCGAUAAGGCUUCUCGCUCGCUUAGUAUGCCAGGUGGAGGGCGGAGGCCACGGGCGCACGACAACGGGCUCGAGGCGGUGGCUGCACGAUUGACUUCAACUCAACAGGGUCCUCUAUCGGGAAGCGUGUGGCCUAGUCUUCCAGCGUCGGUCGCUUCUAAGCGUGGUGAAACAGCGUUCAACGACCCUAACAGAAGUGUGGAGCAGCUCACGCCUCGCAAAGUCGGUCCACGACUGGUGCUUGGAGGAAUAGCCCCCGGGAGAGCCGCUGCUCUCGCGUCCCGGAUGUCUCCAGUACAGCUCCUCACCGCCGCGUUCGAGCUCUGUGGACACAACAAUCGCAAGGAUACUAUCGAGUUUGCGCUAAACACGCUUGAUGAUCAAGAGGAGAGCGUUGCCCUAUCGCAUAUAGAGCCCAAGGAAAAGUUGACGGAGGUCAGGGGCACCGAAACUGAGGGGGAGCCAUCGCGAAGAAAGGGACACGGCGAUCCGGAACCUAUCCAAGGGACUGAAAUCGGAAGCGACGCGAAAAACAGACAGAUGGGAUCAGCCCAACUACUGUUUCAGUUCACUACAGAGCCCACAGCACAUCCACAGAGGGAGUCAGAUCCGCCAACUGAGCUGACUGCCGAUCCCUCUGAAAAUCUGCUGGCGUCGGCAGGGGAAAGCCUUCAAAACGUUCGAACCGUGGCAUCUGUAGCCACCUCGUCGGCGUCGCCGGAUGAAAGUAGUCAAGCGCCAGGGAUCACGUUUACUUCUUUGGAUUCUUCUACAGCGUCGUCGCCACUUUCAUCCCCAUCAUCAGCAUCGCGGGGUCGUGGACCUAGUGAUCGUGCGGCUUUCACUACACAAAGCAAUGCGAACCGGGAGCAGCCAUGCUGUUUAAGUGCCGCAACAAGAUCGCCAAGCGAGUCAGGAGCCGAGCCCGACAUAUCUAGCCACAUCAGCAGUUCAUUCCAUAGCACGUUGACCGCAACCGAGGCCACCGAGGCCACCGUAACGAGACCAGAGGUCUCAGCGGAUGGUCCGCCCGAAGGAGCCCGUAUCUCUCAAAGCCACAAUGGCCUGGGUGAGCUAGAAAAGGCACAGGAGAGACAGAGGGUGGAAGAUCCACAAGUAGUCGCCCCAGUGCCCAUAGCAGGGCAGUCCCCAACCAACGAGGGCACGCAUGUACAAAGCCACAUGUCACAGCUGUCCGGAACGUGUACAGAUUGCAGCAACGGAGGAAGUAACGAUAAGAAGGACGCCCUCGUAGAGGAAAAUGGACCCACAACAACCGUCAUGAGGCAGGACGACCCUCACACGGAGGAGCUGGCCAAAUCUACCCACGAAACUGUCAGCGAAGAGCAUUCACUACACGAGGACAGUUGCACAACUCCAAAUCUCCUUAUCGAUCGGCUUGAACAGAUAAUCAAGGCUCUUUGGGAAAAUGUAUGGAAGCACACUCCGAAGCAGUGGAGCCGUAUUCAGUGUGCGUCUCGGGAGGUGAGUCAGCCUCGCAGUGUGGAAUGGCUUGUUGCAUGA